AUUUUUUAGACUAAUUUUAAAAAGUAAUCGGUUUGUAUAAUUUAAGAUGGACAAAAAAAAAAUAUAUCCGAUUGCUUUAAUCACAUCACUAGAGAAAAACAAGAAUGCAAAAACAUCACUUAAAGAUUAUAUACAUAUGAUUAUGAAUAUUCUUGGAGGGAAUGAAUUGAUUUUAUUGGAAAUACAAGGAACCAUUGAACGCGAUGAUACUAACAAUGCCGACAGGCAUAUUGGUAAAAUAUACUAUGAUUCAAUAAAGGAGUGUAUUUAUUUAAAAAUUGGAUAUCAUCAUCUUGAAGGAAAAAUUGAAACUCUUUUACAACCUUUUGCAGUCCUGCGCCGUCGAAGUAAAAAAAGUGUCCAAUCUAACGAUAAUGAAUCUUAUCAUGAUGAAAUGAUUGAUGUCUUAGAAAUAAUUCGGAAAAGAGUAGUAUUCAACCUUUUGCCUCAGCCCAUUAUAUAAAUUUUUAUUAUAUAAUUAUAUUUUAUAUAACUAUUUUAAAGGGU